AUUGCUUUGCAAUUUUUAUUCACUCUGAAUUUUUGACAGAUUGACAUAGGUUCCUGAAUAUUAGGUAGGUACUCGCUGCAUCUUAAUGAAGUUAUCCAUCUAUCGUGCUCAAUGACAGCUUGCCAAUGCAACAACGUGGGUUUGAGAGUCACCGUGGGUUUGAGAUCAAGCUAAGCUGAAGAUUGAUCGCUUCGUCUGAAUCUUAUCAAAGAAGGGGUAUAAGGUAAAGGCAUCUGACUUCUGAGGACCUCAGCCUGCCUAGCCUCAAGGGCUGCUGGGAUCAUGGUGCCGGCUGCGCUGAGGUGGAGAAGUGUGGUGGGCUCGCUGGUCGCCGCCGGCCGCCGCAGACUCUCCACCGUCUUCGCGCUGAGCUCUGGCCACGGCCGCUGCGGGGUGGCAGUGAUCCGGGUCACGGGGCCGGCAUCGGCAGACGCCCUCCGCGCGCUCACCGGCGGCCGGAGUCUGCCGGCGGCGCGGCGCGCCGUGGUCCGCCGGCUGUUCUCGCCGUGUGACGGCGCCCUGCUGGACCGGGCGCUGCUGCUCUGGCUGCCCGGACCGGCCUCGUUCACCGGCGAGGACUGCUGCGAACUGCACACUCACGGCGGCCCGGCCGUGGUGGCCGCAGUGCUCCGCGCUCUUGCCGCCGUCCCCGGCCUGCAGCCCGCCAGACCCGGAGAGUUCACCCGGAGAGCCUUUCACGCCGGGAAACUGGACGUCACUCAGGUGGAGGGGCUCGCCGACCUGCUGGCCGCCGAGACGGAGCAGCAGCGGCGCCAGGCGGUGCGCCAGGCCGAGGGACACCUGCGCCGCCAAUACAGCCGCUGGCGCGCCGCCCUGCUCCGCUGCCUGGCCACCGCCGAGGCCUUCAUCGACUUCGGCGAGGAGGAGCUGAUUGAGGAGGACGCCAUGGCCGAGACGGUGGCGGCCGCCGACCGGCUGGCUGACGACAUGCGGCGGCACCUGGCGGACGGCCGGCGCGGGGAGCGGCUGCGCAGCGGCGUGCAGGUAACGAUUGCCGGCGCUCCGAACGCCGGCAAGAGCAGCCUGCUGAACGGCCUGGUGCAGCGGGAGGCGGCCAUUGUCUCCGAGGUACCCGGCACUACGCGGGACCUGCUGGACGCCACUCUGGACGUGGCCGGCUUCCCGGUGGUGCUCACCGACACGGCCGGUCUGCGCGAUGCGUCAGACGCCGUGGAGCGGGAGGGUGUCCGCCGCGCCCGGGGCAGCGCUGCCGCCGCUGACCUGGUCCUGCUGGUGGCUGAGGCGCCGCGCGUGCUCUUCUGGAUGGGCGGACCGGGCGUCGCGCGCACCGCGGACGUGUUCGUGUCUGAGCAGCUGUCGGCGCUGGGUCUGGGCGCCGGGACCGAGUCGCCGCCGCCAGAGACCCAGCUGGUGUUGAACAAGGUGGACCUGGUGUCGGAGGCAGAGGUAGAGCGGCUGGGUGACUGGUGCCGGUCGGCGCCCGGCCGCACGGCCCUCGUCUCCUGUCUGACCGGUCACGGCGUGGCCGCGCUGGUGGAGGCGCUCGGUGACAGCCUGGGCCGGCUAUGCGCGGACGCGGCCGCCCCGGCGCCGGCUCUCACCCGGCAGCGGCACCGGCUGCACGUGGCCGGCGCCGAGCGGCACGUGCGCCAGUUUAUAGCUCAGGUGGCGGCCGGCGGCGACCUGGCGCUGGCGGCCGAGCAGCUGCGACUGGCCGCCCGGCAGAUCGGCGAGCUCACCGGCCACGUCGGCGCCGAGGAGAUACUGGAUGUUAUCUUCAGCGACUUCUGCAUAGGAAAGUGAUAGCACAUACCUCAGCAAAGAGCAACUAUGCAGGUAACUGCGUUGAAUAAACUGUUACGUGUCUUUU